CCAAGAGGAUGGGAGAAGGGUGAAGUGAACAGGAGACCAACCAGUCAGACCGAGUGAUGAGAAGCACAACCGGACGGAUGUCGACGCUCCGCAAUGUGCAGACCGCUGACCACCUGGAUUGCCUCAGAAAAAGACACCAACGGAGAUACUCUGUGGGUGUGGUGUUACCCGUCCACCACAGCUGAAUUAAGGGAUCUCUUAUUGAGAAAAUGCUGUCUCACAGAUGAAAGUCAACCGCUCCGCACGUUCGUCUACGGCCAGUAUAGAAGAUCGUGGUUCUACGUCACGACGACCCAAGUCCCGGACUCUUCCGUCCUGAAAAAGGUGACUCAUUUUUCCAUUGUUCUGACGGCCAAAGACUUCAACCCGGAGAAAUACGGAGCCUUCACGAGGAUAUUGUGCAGGAUGUACUUGAAACACGGAAGCCCAGUAAAAAUGAUGGAGAGCUACAUUGCGGUUUUAACCAAGGGGAUAUGCCAGAGCGAAGAAAAUGGCUCUUUCCUUAGCAGAGAUUUUGAUGCCCGAAAAGCUUACCUUGCAGGCUCGAUUAAAGACGCGAUAUCUCAGUUCGGAAUGGAAACGGUCAUUCUCUAUACCGCGGUGAUGCUAAAGAAAAGGAUCGUGGUCUACCAUCCUAGAGUCGAGGCCGUCCAGGAGUUUACCAGGAUCCUGCCCGCUUUGGCGUGGCAUCGACAAGACUGGUCCGUUCUUCAUUCGUUCGUGCACCUUCACGAGGAGGAACUGGAAGGAUUGAAGAUGUGCACAGGUUAUAUUGCUGGAUUUAUAGAUUCUGAGGUGAACAAUAGGCCAGAUCUGUACGAUGUGUAUGUGAAUCUGGCAGAUAGCGAGAUUACCAUCUCUCAACCCGCAAAAGAGGCCAUGACGAUGGGCAAGCUGCACAAAGAAAUCGGACAGCUGAUUGUUCAGGCGGCGGAAGACCCGGACAAGUCGGACAGUCAAGUCAUCAAGGUAGAACUGUGUAUUACCGAUAUUUCACUAAAAACAAAGGAAAUCUUAGCUAACUUAGCAUCAUUUGCCGAAGUUUCUGGUGAUGGUGACAAGCCAAAACUCAAUUUCGAGGCACUCAAACAAAAGCGGUUUCCACCGGCAACAGAAAACUUCCUUUACCAUCUAGCCGCCGCCGAACAAAUGCUGAAAAUCUAGCUGCGCGUUAGAACUUACUCAUGGUGACCAAUAGGAAACUCUUCGCUAUUAUUAUCUAUCAACUGUGUAAAAUAUUAAUAGUAGCAAAGAAAAUGUUAUAUUUUUAAUGACGUAUUUCAAAAUAUGGAGGAUUGACCUGGAACACACCGACGCUCACUUCUAGUUUUCUCUUUUCUGAUUAUCAAAGUUUUAUACGUUCAGGAGAUACUGUGGGGCAAAACGCCGUAAAUAAUAAAUAAACCAAGCUAACAUAAUAUUGUAAAACAA